AUGCCGUCUGCUGAACCGAUAUCCGAUACGCAAAUCCCCAGCCCACCGCCGGAUCUCUCCAACAAGCUCCCUAAACUCAUCCCUCGACGCAAGCAAGACAAAUCAAAUGAAGCUCCGUUAAAACCUCCGCCACCAACCCCCGCUCUCCCUAGUCCGCCGAAGACGGAAGACGUCAAAUAUCAGCAUCCUACACGUCGGAUCUUGUCAAAGAAAGACCAUGAUCUCUUCCUGGGCUCGCCAACAUGUGAUCUAGUCACAGCCUUUGUGUUUGGUCUUUCCGACUCGGUCCGCCAAACCACUGUUUCCUCGGUACAAAAGGCUGUAAAAGAGCCCGUCAUCGACACGAUAGUGAACCUCUUGGACGAAGCAGAGCAAGCAGUGGCUCUAUGCCCCGCUGAAGAUGCUGGAGGCUCCCGCUUCGGCAACAAGGCCUUCAUCACAUACCUCGACAAGAUUGAGACACUACUCAAGCCAUGGCACGACAAGCUCGGUGUGACGGGUGCUGCUGCCCAGGAUGAGGUCUCAACAUACAUCUUCCACUCAUUUGGCAACAAGACUCGUAUUGAUUACGGUUCCGGUCACGAACUCAAUUUCCUCAUCUGGCUGCUGUGCCUGAACCGUCUGGACAUUCUUCCUCAGUCCACCUUCCCACAACUCGCUCUCAUCGUCUUCCCUCGCUACCUCCGCGUUAUGCGUGUCGUCCAAUCCACAUAUUACCUCGAACCUGCAGGCUCUCACGGUGUCUGGGGCCUCGAUGACUACCAAUUCGCUCCCUUCCUGUUCGGCAGCGCUCAGCUGGUCCACCACCCUCACAUUCGUCCCAUGUCAAUCCACAAGCCCUUGAUUCUGGAAGAGUGUUCGAAAGACUAUUUGUACCUCGAACAAGUCGCAUAUGUCAACAGUGUCAAGAAUGUCGAUGGUCUGCGCUGGCAUUCUCCCAUGCUUGACGACAUCAGUAGCGCAAAGAACUGGGAAAAGGUCGAGGCAGGUAUGAAGAAGAUGUUCGUCGCUGAAGUCUUGGGUAAGCUACCUGUCAUGCAGCACUUCCUCUUCGGUGGCCUCGUGCCUGCAGUCGAAGGCAUGAGUACCGAAGAUGAGACCGACGUGGCUGGCGAGAUGGAAGAAACAGAAGGUGGACAAGGUCAAGUCACCCCAGAAGGCGGCAUGAAGCACGUUCACGACCAUAGCGGUAAGACUUGGGACGAUUGCUGCGGUAUCAAAGUCCCCUCUGCAAUCGGCGCAAUGCAAGAGAUGAAGAAGCGUCAAGGUGGUGAAUCUUUGAGGAGACUGCCCUUUGACUAG